AUGGACCCCUACGCGCUCUACAACAAUACCGAAACUCCCGCCGCCGGUCCCGGCCCCAACUCGAUGGCCUUUCGCGCCAACCUCGCCCCGGCUUCACAAGAAGACGACAUGUAUCGCCUUCCCGACGUCCCUGCGCACUUCCAGACUGCGCCCGCCCCAGCGAGCGAAGUUCCCGUCGACCCCAGCUUGGCGAAUGGGUCAACGGGCGCGAAGGAUGGAGAUGCGGCGCCUCCGCCGCGAAAGAGGCGGAGGAAGUCGCCUGCUCAGCCGGCGAAGCGGAAGAAGCGGGUCGACACGCCUGUCGAAGCAGUAGAGGAGUCAGAUGGAGAGGACGAUGACGGCGCGGGGUCGUCGCCUGCUGAUUCGGGUCGAGCGAGGAGCGUCUCUCUCGCUGCGUCGGUUAUGAAGGGAAAGGGACGAGGCGGCGGCGCAAGCACAGCCGCGAAGAACGGACUCAAGAUCAGGUUACCGAAAGGCGUCGAGGUGCCGCCUAUUCCGACGCUAUUCCAGGGGCACACGAACCUGGGCAAGUUGCUCGACUCGGUCAAGCAGGUGGUCGUUGCGGGAGGGGGUGAGGCGCGUGUGUUCGAGGGCGAGGGCGAGGACGUCAUGACGGAGGAACAGCUGGACGAACUCGAGCGUGCGACAGACCCCGAACUCGUCAUCAAGCUCCUCGCUGACCUCGCGCACCAGCGCGAAACGCUCGACCAGGCGUAUGCAACGCUCAACGACGAGCUGUUCAAGGCGCAGAUCGAGGCGAGCGUGCUCAACAACGUCCAGGCACUGCUAGUGGAACAACGCGAGCUGAUGCGAAAGGCGCAGACGGGGUGA